UUUAGAUCAAGUUGGCUCAUGAGUAGUAGUUGUAGACUCUUCUCUUUCAUUGUCUUCAUUGUCUUCCUCAUUAUUAUUACAUCUAAUGGCCAUUAUUAUUACUGUAGCAGCAGCAGUUCCUCCGACAAUCUUCAAACUGGUUACAGGUUCAGCCUCCCUGUUCCAGUGGACGUCGACAACUUGUUCACCGGAAGGGCAUUUAUCAUGGAGGCCGGUGGCGAUGGCCAACAAACACCUGAUUUUAGGGUGGCAUUGAGUGUUGUAGAAGAAGAUUUAGACAACAAGAAGAAGAAAUUAUUAUUUUCUUGCUCCCUUGAUGUCUUUCUUGGAGAAGUGAGAGUUUGGUCUUCUGCUCAUUUUUUUAGAUUCUAUGCUCUCAGGGAAUGUGUGCUUGAGCUCACAAAUGAAGGAGAUCUUCUUCUUAAAGAACAAAAUCAGACAGUUGGAUGGAAAACAGGCACUUCAGGACAGGGGGUCCAGAGACUACAACUGCUGAGGAAUGGAAACCUUGUCUUAGUUGACAGUCUGAACCAAAUAAAAUGGCAAAGCUUCAAUUUUCCAACGGACACGAUGCUCUACAGCCAGACACUCAAUGUGGCCACCCGUCUUACUUCAUUUCCCACCAACUCAACCAGCUUGUCCUUUUCCUUUGACAUUGAACGACAAAAGAUCGCGCUCUACUUGAAUUCAGCUGCCAACUCAAACUCAAACUCAAAGUACCCCUUCUGGGAAUUCAGGCCUUCCCAGAACAGAAACCUCACCUUUAUUAAGGUGUCUACGCAAGGCUUAGAUAUCUUCGACGACAGAGGGAAGAAAAUAUCGCAAAUCCAAUCUCAGAGGCUAGAGCCCAUCAGGUUCCUAGCAUUGGACAACAAGACAGGAAGUUUAGGGCUCUAUUAUUACUCGACUGCUGAUGGGAAUUUCAAGGCCGCAUUUCGCGUUCCAAACUCCACAUGUGAUCUUCCUCUUGCUUGCCGACCCUAUGAAAUAUGCACCCUCACAAAUGUCUGUUCCUCGUCCUUUAUUAACAACAACAACAACAGGAGCUCAUGUAAUGCAGCAAGCCGGGACGACGUGAAAAUGGUGGAGCUAAGGAAGGUUUGGAGCGUAAUAAGAGGCAUUCCUGCAGACACAAACGUGAGCAGCAGCAAGGACCGGUGCGCUCAGACCUGUAUCAACAAUUGCAAAUGUGCAGCCGCACUUUACAACGCAACCAGCUCCAGAGGAGGAGCCUGUUUUGUCUAUGAAUUUGUCAGGGGGCUGAAGGAGCUGGACCUCACGACGCCUUUAAUGGCAACUAAUAAGUUGACCUACAUGGUUAAGCUCCGAAAGGAGGAUACUACUGUGGGAAAGGCCUCCUCCUCCUCCGCUUUCAAGGGAUGGGUCUUGGCCCUCGUGGGAGCCACCGAUGCUCUCGUACUCUUGCUCCUCUUUCUGGGGAUUCUUUAUUACUGUUGUGUCCUUUCCAAGAGAAGAAAUCAUUCUCACCCAACUAACCAUCCCCAACAGUAAUAUACUGGCAUUGGGGUUUGUAAAACUACAUUUGCUCUACGGCUUCCACAAGUCCCUAUUUAUCUCCCAGAAUGACCUAAUUAGCUCAAAACGGGUCUAAAAGACCACACUGGACACAUUAUUGGCUUGUCUUUCAGCUUUCAAGACAACUGAGCUUCACUGUCCGGAUCCAAACCAGAUUUGAGAGUAAAGGAAAACAAAAUCAGCUACAACACUAAACAAACAUAAGCUUUUAGCCUUGUUGCAUUUCAAAAUGUAUUAGGGUCCAUAAGUAUGUACAAAGGGAACACGACUUUUCGAAUUUGAUGAUCUUCUUUACCAGUUUUUUAAAAAUAGUUUCAUGUAAAUACAAGCCAAGGAAAAAAUAAUUAUAGCGGAA